GAUAAUUAACAAAAAAAAGAAUUCAACGGACUCAAAAUUCUUAUAGCUCAGUUGUAACUUAACUGCCUCUGUUGUACUUUCCAAAUUAACAUCCUAAUCCCAAAAGCUAUACGAAGAGGGAGAGUUGACAUUUAAAGAGAGACAGCGAUAGAAAUGUCGCUGGAUGCUAAAAUGCGCGGGCAGGCGUUGCUGCUACUGCAAUUUUUGUUAAAGCUAUUGAUUUGGGGAAAUAUUCCAGUGAGCGAAGGAAUAUGGUUAAAUCUACCGUCGACGGGGACAAAGUGCGUGUCUGAAGAACUUCACACCAACGUUGUCGUUUUAGCCGAUUAUGUUGUCGUUUCUGAUGACCAUCAUCGUAUCCCUUCCAUUUCUAUAAAGGUGACAUCGCCAUAUGGUAACAAUCUUCAUGACAGGGAGAAUGUGACACAUGGUCAAUUUGCAUUCACAACUCAUGAGGCUGGCAACUAUUUGGCAUGUUUCUGGGUGGAUGGCAAUACUCAAGAAAAUUCAGAUGUGAGUGUUAAUCUUGACUGGAAAACUGGAAUUGCAGCUAAGGAUUGGGAAUCAGUUGCAAGAAAAGAGAAGAUCGAGGGUGUUGAACUUGAGCUGACAAAACUGGAAGCAGCUGUAGAAUCCAUCCAUGAGAAUCUGCUCUAUCUUAAAAACAGAGAAGCAGAGUUGAGGAGUGUGAGCGAGACAACAAAUGCUAGAGUAGCAUGGUUUAGUAUCCUGUCUUUGGGCAUCUGCAUUUUGGUCUCGGUUCUGCAGUUAUGGCACUUGAAGAGUUUCUUCCAGAAGAAGAAGCUUAUUUAGAUAUUUAUAAUCACAAUUGCAUUUCUUGGUAAAAUAGGAAGUUCCCCCUUUUAUUCUCCUUUUAUUCUUUUCCUUGUAUGCUGCAAAAGAAAAUUUUUGAUACGAUUAAAUAGAGUAAUGUGUUCUUUUGUUUCAUCAAAAGUGGGGCUUUUCAUUUUCAUCUUUAACAUCAUAAGCUGAUGAAUACUGUGUUC